AGUCCCCUGAACACAAAGAAACAAAUAGUGAGUCAAUCCAACCAUCAUAGACCGAGUUAUUGCAGUUUGAAUACUGUUAGGCUUGGUCUUGAAUGUGACCAAAAGUGAUUUUCGUAAUUUCUGAACGUACAAAUACAUAUAAACUCAGUUUUCCAUAUAAGUGUCACACAAGAAAUGAAAUGGAACAAUCACUGUGAGUUUAUCUGACUAUUACAUGCUGAACUAGUGUGGUUUGAGUAGCGUUUGGUGGCCAUUUUAGCGUUUUUCUACCUCGAACAUCCCAGUAGGAAACCAUUUAUUUGUGCUCCUAAGUCCCCUGAACACAGAAAAAAGCAGUGAGUAGAUCUUUAUUAGUAAUUGAUGCAGAAACCACUGAGAUAAAUGGUCUUGAAAAUAAAUUUAUAAUUUAUACUCUGUCGGAAUGGCGGGAUGUCGGAACAGUUCAAACAUUCCGUUCCCGCGCCGUGUGAGAACAGGAGGAGGGGAGGGGGGAGGAGCAAACAUAUAAAAGCACUCGCAUAGCAGCCUUCUAAACCAUUUCUCUGCUGCUGUCUCUGCUGCUGUUUGUGAUAUACUCUCUCUCUCUCUCUCUCUUGUUUUGAGUUUGAUGAUGCCAAACCACAAGACGUUCUCUGUCCAGGAGGUUUUGGAUCAGGUUUUUAGUGAAGAGGUAGACAUAGAGGAAAAUGUGUCUGAAAUCGAAGACAAUGUUGUGGAAGACCCUGAUUAUGGGGCAUCGUCCUCUGAUGAGGAUGAGACCCUUGAUGCUGAAGUUCCUGUCAACACUGGAACACCAGCAGACAUUUUCCUGUCCAAAAAUGGAAAGUUGUCGUGGUCCCCUGCCCCACGUCAACGGCAGGGUAGACUUAGCGCUGGUAAUGUCAUCAAAAUGGUUCCAGGCCCAACCCGAUAUGCGAUUAGCCGUGUCCAAGACAUAAAAUCUGCAUUUGAGCUCCUCAUGACACCAUCAAUUGAGAACCAUGUACUCUUGAUGACCAAUUUAGAGGGGAGUCGUGUGUUUGGGGACAGUUGGAAGCCGAUCGAUGCAAUUGACUUGCAGGCAUACAUCGGGUUGCUCAUUUUGGGGGGCGUGUACAAGUCCAAAGGCGAGGCAGCAGAAAGCCUGUGGAAUAAAGAGACUGGAAGGGCCAUCUUCCCAGCCACCAUGUCUCUGAAGAAAUUCCAUAUUAUGUCUCGUGUCCUACGGUUCGAUGACAGAGAGAAAAGACAGGGCCGGAGAGAACAUGACAAGCUGGCAGCUAUCCGGGAUGUAUGGGACAAGUGGGUUCAGCAACUGCCAUUGCUUUACAACCCAGGCCCCCAUGUGACUGUGGAUGAAUGUCUGGUGGCGUUUCGUGGCCGCUGUCCAUUUAGACAGUACAUCCCGAGUAAACCAGCCAAAUACGGCAUUAAAAUAUGGGCAGCAUGUGAUGCCCAGUCGAGCUAUGCCUGGAAUAUGCAGGUCUACACCGGCAAAGCCCCUGGGGAAGCACCUGAAAAAAAUCAGGGCAUGAGGGUUGUCCUGGACAUGGCUGAGGGACUGGAGGGGCACAAUAUAACGUGCGACAACUUCUUCACCUCCUAUGCCCUUGGUGAAGAACUCGCAAAGCGGAAAGUCACCAUGCUGGGGACAGUCCGCAAGAACAAGCCAGAGCUUCCCUCUGAGCUUGUUGCAAUCAAGAACAGACAGGCUACAUCCUCAGUGUUUGCCUUCACUGAGAACGCCACAGCUGUUUCGUAUUGCCCCAAGAAAGGGAAGAACGUUGUGCUCAUGAGUACGAUGCACAAGGAUGCCCAGCUCAGCACCAGGGAGGACAAGAAGCCACAAAUGGUGUUGGACUACAAUGCCACAAAGGGUGGUGUUGACAACCUGGAUAAAGUCACAGGCACGUACAGCUGCCGACGCAUGACUGCACGAUGGCCCCUUGUUGUAUUCUUCAACAUCAUCGAUGUGAGUGCCUACAACGCUUUUGUGCUUUGGAGGGAGAUCAGUGAAGGCUGGAACAGCGAAAAGCUGUACCGGAGGAGGCUGUUCCUGGAACAGCUGGGGUACGCGCUGGUGCAACCCCAAAUUGCACGAAGAGUUGUCCUACCAAGAGCCUCAGCGGCUGCUGUGGUGAUAGUGGAGGAUGUUCAGAGGGAGGCACACACCUCCAAUCCUCCAGUGGCCAGAGGGCAAAAACGAGGCAGGUGCCAGAUCUGUUCCACUAGGAACGAUAACAAGACAACUAAUACAUGUGGGGGAUGUGGCAAAUACAUCUGCAAGGAGCACAUCCGUUGUGGAUCAUGUGCCCAGUAGUGCUUUACCCUUUCUUGGAGAGUGGGGGAUGAAUAUUGCCAUUUUUCAUUUGUUUUACAUUUCUUGAGAGAGGUAGACUCUAGGCUACUUUUUGCAGUCUGUGAAAAAAUAGGAGUGGCAGACUUUUACAGUAUUUUAGUUUUUUUGAAAUAAGACAAUAUUUUUGGUAAAUAGCCUACUGUCUUGUUAUUUUUUUCUUCAAAUAUGGACACUCCAAAUGGCCGGCCAAUGGUCAGAUAUUUGUUGUUGUUGAAAAAAAACAAAACAAAAAAAAAAAAAAUACAAAAUAUA